AUGGACGCAACUCCAGAGAUCGGUGGACCUUCAGCACCGCCCCCAACCGUCGUCUUUAAGCGCAAACGAGGCCCCGCAGCUCGCGCCACCACAUCCAUCAAUGCCGCCGCUUCCUCUUCUACGGCAUCGUCAUCCUCGAACAGCGUCCCCGGACCAUCCCGGAUAUCUUCGCGCAACCGCUCAGGCAGUGACUCGGAUCCAAGCGACUCCGAAUCCUCCUCUGCUGUGGUGAUCAAGAAGAAGCGCUCCAACAAUAACCCGCUCGUCCAGUCCACGGGUUCAGUCUAUCGCAAGUCGAAGCUCGGCCGAACAGAGGACGAUGACGACGACUCCUACAGCUUGGAAGAAGGCAACCCAACUUCAUCCUCGGCCUAUCUGAGUCGCACCCCAGGCAGUACUGGCGCCUCAUCAACAAACGCCUCCAGCCUGCAGAAGAUCCGCGACGACGCCACGCGCCACAGCGACUGGGAUCUCGACACCACCCCCUCUUCCUCAGAACCAUCUCGAACAAGCAACGCAGACGGCCUCUACCGCGGCGCCAAGUCGUACACGUCUUACGUUGCCGCACGCGACGACGGCUCCUCGUCCAAAAUGCGCUCCCGCGGGCCGAUCCGCCAAACCACCACGGUACGCACCACGUCGCUCAUGGACUACCAGCCGGACAUCUGCAAGGACUACAAGGAGACGGGCUACUGCGGCUUUGGCGAUACGUGCAAGUUCCUCCACGACCGAUCGGACUACCUUGCCGGGUGGCAGCUUGAUGUGCUGCCCAACAGCGCGGCGCGCUCGGCGCGCGAGACGCUGCUCUCGGAUCCCGAGUCCGACAAGGAAGAGGACGAAGUGCCGUUCGCGUGUCUCAUCUGUCGACAGCCGUUCACGGAUCCCGUGGUGACGCGGUGUGGGCAUUACUUUUGCGAGGCGUGUGCAAUCGGCCGGUUUGCGAGGAACAGCAAGUGUUUUGCCUGUGGACAGCAGACGGGCGGCUUGUUCAACAGUGCCAAGAACGUCUUGGCCAAGAUGGAGGCAGUCAAGAGGCGCAAGGCGCAAGCGAGGACCGAGAGGCAGGGAUGGCUGGUCCAGGAUGAACAGCCGAUUAGCGAGAUAGCCGCCGCAACUAGCGACGACGACGGAGCAUAA